AUGUUCGAGAACCAACAGCCCUGUAAAAAAGCUGAUUUUAAGGAAAAGAAAGGAUCUUCUACUCUUUCAACAGAUUCUAAUGAUUCUCCAUGCACAAGAGAUGCUAUAAUUGAAAAAGAUGAGGUUUCAAACGCUUCAAAACAACCAAGUUAUUGUAAAGAUCAAGCUGAAAAGUUGUCUACUCAAAGAGAACGAUCAUCUAUCCCUAAAGCACAUGGAAAAGACGGUGAACAUUGGAUUUAUCCAUCAGAACGUAUGUUUUUUCAAGCGAUGCGUCGAAAGAACUGGAAUCCACAAGCAGAACAGAUGCAAAUUAUUGUUCCUAUCCAUAACGCUGUUAAUGAACGUGUUUGGCAUGAAAUUUUGAAGUGGGAGAGUGGUUGGGGCAGUGAAUCUUGUGGUGGUCCUAAACUUAUCCAAUUUGAAGGAAAGUCGUCUCAAUUAAGUCCUAAAGCAAGAUGGCUUGGAUUUUGGGGAUAUAAACCACCUUUUGACCGACAUGAUUGGAAAAUUGAUCGAUGUGGUAAAGAAGUUGAUUAUAUUAUUGAUUUUUAUUCUGGAAAAGAAAAAGGUGAUAUGUUGUCAUUUUACCUAGAUGUACGACCAAAGUUUGACAUGAAUGGCGCUUGGAUGAGACUAUCUAGAGGUUUUCGUGAUCUUUUUUCCAAAGAAAAAACUUAA